AUGUUAAUUGAGAGGCAUAAUAGAAUAAUUUCAUUUUCCAAGAACAUCGAACAACUCUUCUCCUUUAUCGCAUUGAUGCAAGUUGUGUGGAAUACGUUAGUCAUUUGCAGUAUAGGAUUUGUCUUCAUAGUGUCUAUGCAUAAUGAAGCUGAUGUUUUCGUAUUAGUGAAAACCCUUUUUGCUUAUUGCGUCAUAACGAUUGAAGCCUUUAUCAUUUGCUUUGCUGGAGAACAUCUUAGCCUCAAGGGUAAAUUAAUUGCAAAUGCAACAUAUGAAACAUUGUGGUACAAUAUGCCAUUAAAUACAGAAAAAAUUAUAAUGUUUAUAAUAAUGAGGUCUCAGAAGCGAUUGACGAUUACGGCAGGAAAAAUGAUAGAUAUGUCAUUUGAUACUUUUACGAAUAUCAUGAAAGCAUCAGCGUCUUAUAUAUCUGUUUUGAAUGCUAUAUAUUGA